AUGGAUGCCCUGCUGCUAUCUGUCACUGCCACGUUGGACUGUCAGCAGCGACAGCGAUUCAAGAGGCGGCUGCACCAGGCGCUUCGCUGGUACGAAGCAGCCAAGCAGCUGGGCUGGGGCAUGCUCUGUCUGAUGCCGCACGAUGUCAUCACUAACUUGUGGGUGGAGAACGAUCUUCGCAUCUGA